CCCAACUGCAUCUGAUAUCUACGAUGAAUUAUUAAAAUGGCAUAAUAUAGUAGUAAAUUGGAGUUCUGCAUUCCGGUCUGCAGAUAUGAUUAUUCCAGCAUUAUCAACCAAACCGCAAAUUUAUCCUAAAGAUAGAUUAACCA